AUGGCGGAAACAAAACAGUUUUUUUCUACUGCUACGCAACGAUUAUUUAGUAAUUGGACAGCAUUGCGGAUGGCUGUUGAACAUGGACAUGGAUCUCAAGACAAUGCCAUUGAAUUAAUAACUUACAUCACCAAUUUCAUUUACGACAAUGAGGACCUAUCUACCGAUGAAGUGGCCGACGAACUAGCCGAUUACAUGUCUGAUGAAUUUAGCCUCUCACUGGAAGAUGAUAGUGAAAAACAAAUAGCCAGCAAGUUGUUGGAGCUUUAUCAAUGUUGCUGCCAAAAUAUUGAACUAGCCCAGUCAACUGUAAAUAAAUUGCCAGAUUUAAAGCCGUGGAUUUUGUCAAGAGAAGAAGUCCUGAUUCAAAGAAACCAAUCGCACAACAGUAGCACAGUUGAACAAAAAAUGGAAACCGAUGAAGCUAGUGUUGCUGCAGGCAGUGACAAUGAGUGGACUACAGUUUCGAGGCGGAAAAAGUCUCAUAACGAAGGGUCCGAUAAAUUUUUCAAAUAUUAUUUUCUGCAAAUUCUUCUGGCUGCAUUCAUUGGGCUUCCAAUCGGUUUUAGAUUGACAGAAACAUCCGUCUCUGGUCAUAGCUAAACGUCUUUCAUCCAACACAAGGCAACUGACAAAAAACAUUAUCUCAAAUAUAAAAAGGAAUAAAAUUCCCAUUGUGGCAAACAUACAAAAUGAUGAUAAAAACGGCAUAACUGUGGUCAUUCCAAUGGCAAAUGCUAUUAUAUUUGUCAAUGACGUUGUGGUUAUCGACAUACCGGAUUGCUGGAGUGCUCGAGCAAUACGUUCGGGUAUUGUUAAAUUUUUUUCGCUCUCAGUUAAGCUGUCGAGACUUUGAAUAAUGACAAACAUGUCAUCGACACCUAUACCCAGCAACACAAAUGGCAGAACUGAGUGUAUUGGUCCGUACAUAUAUCCUAAGUAAAAACAAACACCGAAACCCGAUAAAAUGGCUUGACCCACUACCGAUACUCCCAGCAAUGACAGAUAAAUUCGCUGCUCUACGGGAUUACAUUUUCCUAUCAUUAUUACAACGUACCCAACAAUAAUAAACAAACCGCAGCACAGUAUACUUAUGUUAUUUCUCAUAACAUCGUUUAAACAAUCGAUAAAACUUCUUUUUGCAACAGCAUAAAUUUUCAUGCCUGCCGGCAACGUGCGAUUUGAAUAUAAAGUUCUUGAAAUGAACUCCAGCUCCCAUUCUGGAGAAUCAGUCACAUCUUCAAGAAUUUUAUCUUUUGUCAACUGACCCAAGAC